AUGGUAUCAACAGAAAUUUUCUUAUUUAUUCCAUUGUUACUCAUAGGUCUUGUGAUAAUAUUUUAUAGAAGACCAGACCUUAUCUAUAAUUUAUUAUUAGUAAUCUUACAUUUUAUGUAUUCGCUUUAUAAAUUAUAUUUGUCAAUACCAUUACUUUUUUUAAGAAACCGUACGCCAACAUGUGCAUCACAAUUAUCUGGUGAUAUUAAAUAUUUAGAUAAGAUACCAAAACAUCUUGCGGUAAUGUUUUGGAGUGAUGAUAUCCAAGAAGAAAGAUUGAUUGAGGCGGCGCAGUUGUGUUGUUGGGCUUGGUGUUUUGGGGUGAAAACAGUGAGCAUUUAUGAACCUGAAGGUCAUCUGAAAGAAUAUAUUCAAUUACUUCAAUAUCACAUCAAUUCCGUUUCACGAGAAUUCAUUUCUCUAGAAAAGAUUUUACCGACUAUUCAGGUAACGUCACCUAGUUCUAUAUCAUCACCUAUAGAAAAUGAAACAAAUCAAUCAGAUUUACUUGUUAAUCUGAUCUCACGUUCUGAUGGUCGUGCACGAAUAGUGGAAACGACAAAAUCUUUAACUAAAGAUGUUAUACAAGAAAAGAUAAAAUAUGAUGAUGUGAAUAUUCAAGAAUUAGACAGGAGGUUAAAGAUAUUCCAAAUCCCUGAACCACAACUUCUCAUUUCAUUUUCUUCAAGAAUUGAUCUUGAUGGAUUCCCACCAUGGCAAAUUCAUCUAACUGAAAUAUUUCAUGUACCUGAUAAUCCAAACUUUAGUUAUUCCAUCUUUCUACAAGGACUCCGUAAAUAUUCAAAAUGUAAUCAACGAUUUGGUAAAUAA